AGAAUGCGGAGCAGCUGAUCUUCGUGCGCGUCUAAAAAUAAUCAACUUUUCUCUCCUCUGACUUCACUCCACUAUUUAACUUUUUGUCUUCUUUAUUUGUUUUUUGUCAUCACAACUUUUUUUUUUUGCCAGGAAUGAAAGUGUUUCCGUGAGGAUUACAUCUUCUCGUCUGGUCUGGCGGCGCCAUGGGCUUGUCGUUUUGCGGCAACGAUGAGAACGUCAGCGGCUACAGCGUCGACGACGGCAUGCUGAACAACGGCUGCUUCGUGGACGCGCUCAACCUGGUGCCUCAUGUCUUCCUGCUCUUCAUCACCUUCCCCAUCCUCUUCAUUGGAUGGGGCAGUCAGAGCUCCAAGGUCCAAAUCCAUCACAACACCUGGCUCCACUUCCCAGGACACAACCUGAGAUGGAUCCUCACCUUCUUGCUGCUCUUCGUCCACGUGUGCGAGUUUGCGGAGGGCCUCGUCUCCAACAAGAUGAUGGACACCAACCACCUGCACCUCUUCAUGCCCGCCUUCAUGGGCUUUGUGGCGGCUACAACGUCGGUGGUCUACUACCACAACAUCGAGACCUCCAACUUCCCCAAACUUCUCCUUGUCCUGUUCAUCUACUGGGUGCUGGCCUUCAUCACCAAGUCCAUCAAGCUGUGGAAGUUUGCCGAGUACCACGUGGGCCCGCAGCAGCUGAGGUUCUGCAUCACGGCCCUGCUUGUGAUCCUGUACGGUCUGCUCAUGGCCGUGGAGGUCAACGUCAUUAGGAUCAGGAAGUACGUCUUCUUCGCCAACCCCCAGAAGGUGAAACCUCCAGAAGACCUGCAAGAUUUGGGGGUUCGUUUUCUGCAGCCCUUCGUCAAUCUGCUGUCGAAGGCCACGUACUGGUGGAUGAACCCUCUCAUCAUGGGCGCCCACAAGAGGCCCAUCGAGCUGAAGAAGAUCGGCAAGCUGCCCAUCGCCAUGAGAGCCCUCACCAACUACUUACGCCUCAAAGACGCCUACGAAGAUCAAAAGUCGGCCGAGAACCCCGACCGAGCUCCUUCCAUCUGGCGCUCCAUGUACCGAGCGUUUGGCCGGCCCAUCCUGCUCAGCAGCACCUUUCGCUACCUGGCCGACCUGCUGGGCUUCGCUGGGCCGCUCUGCAUCUCAGGCAUCGUCAGGAACUUGAUGCUGGAAGAGGGUGGCGCCGCUCCGGCCAAGAUAAGGGAAACCUACUUUGAUGUCCACUUCAUGCUGUCCACCGAGCUGCUGCAGAACACCUCGGUUCUGGCCGUCCUCCUCUUCCUGGCUUUGGUCCUGCAAAGAACCUUCCUGCAGGCCUCCUACUACGUCACCAUAGAAACGGGCAUCAACGUGCGAGGCGCCCUGCUGGCGAUGAUUUACAACAAAAUCCUGCAUCUGUCCACCUCCAACAUGUCCAUGGGGGAAAUGACGCUGGGUCAGAUCAACAACCUGGUCGCCAUAGAGACCAACCAGCUCAUGUGGUUCCUCUUCCUCUGCCCAAACCUGUGGGCCAUGCCUGUGCAGAUCGUGAUGGGUGUUAUUCUUCUCUACUACCUGCUGGGCUGGAGCGCCAUGAUCGGAGCGUCUGUCAUCGUUCUCCUGGCUCCCGUCCAGUACCUCAUCGCCACCAAGCUGGCCGACACGCAGAAGAGCACGCUGGAGCACUCCACGGAUCGCCUGAAGAAGACCACGGAGAUCCUGAAGGGCAUCAAGCUGCUGAAGCUGUACGCCUGGGAGAACAUCUUCUGUGGCAGCGUGGAGGAGACCCGGGGCAAGGAGCUGAAGAGUCUCAAGACGUUUGCCUUCUACACGUCCAUGUCCAUCUUCAUGAACGCCGCUAUUCCCAUCGCCGCCGUGCUGGUGACCUUCGUCGUGCAUCACAUCAUCAACAAACGCUGUCCGAGUCCUUCCGAGGCCUUCGCCGCUCUGGCGCUGUUCAACAUCCUGGUCACGCCGCUCUUCCUGCUCUCCACCGUCGUCAGGUUCGCCGUCAAGGCGCUCGUCAGUGUGCAGAAGCUGGGCGAGUUCCUCCAGAGCGACGAGAUCGGAGACGACAGCUGGAGGAACGGAGAGAUGGCCGUGCCCUCGGAGGGCGCCAAAAAGCACCCGGGGGUGACCAAAGCCAUCAACAGGAAGCAGCCCUUGCGGUACCAGAUGGACAACUACGAGCAGCCGUCCAGGCGGCAGAUGAGGCCCAGCGAGACGGAGGAUGUGGCAGUAAAGGUGAGCAACGGAUGCUUCACCUGGGGAAGCAACCUGUCCACGCUGUCCGACAUCAACAUCCGCAUCCCGACAGGUCAGCUGACCAUGAUCGUGGGCCAGGUGGGUUGUGGGAAGUCGUCGCUGCUGCUGGCCAUGCUGGGCGAGAUGCAGACCAUCAGCGGGCGCGUCCACUGGAGCAAGCUGCCUGAUAGCGAGACGCUCCACCAGGGGACGUUCAGCUGCUCAGAGGCGGAGGAGGAGGGCCACGACCACGUCGGGAGCAAGAACAGGUACUCUGUGGCCUACGCUACCCAGAAGUCCUGGCUGCUCAACGCCACCGUGGAGGAGAACAUCACCUUUGGAAGCCCCUUCAACAAGCAGAGGUACAAAGCGGUGAUCGACGCCUGCUCUCUCCAACUGGACAUCGACCUUCUUCCUUUCGGAGACCAGACUGAGAUCGGCGAGCGAGGCAUCAACCUGAGCGGCGGGCAGCGCCAGAGGAUCUGCGUGGCUCGGGCGCUCUACCAGAACACCAACAUCGUCUUCUUGGACGACCCCUUCUCCGCACUGGACAUCCACCUGAGCGACCACCUGCUGCAGGAAGGCAUCCUCAAGUUCCUGCAGGACGACAAACGAACGGUGGUUCUGGUCACGCACAAGCUGCAGUACCUCAUCCACGCCGACUGGAUCAUAGCCAUGAAGGGCGGCUCUGUGCUGAGGGAAGGAACUCUCAAGGACAUCCAGACUCAUGACGUGGAGCUCUACGACCACUGGAAGACGCUCAUGAACCGGCAGGACCAGGAGCUGGAGAAGCAGGACAUCGAGCAGGACAGCCAAACCACGAUGGAGAGGAAGACUCUCCGCAGGGCUUUCUACUCCCGAGAGGCCAAGAACCAAGUGGAUGACGAAGAUGAAGAGGAAGAAGAGGAGGAGGAAGAUGACGACAACUUUUCCACGACCACGAGCAGAAGGUCGAAGGUCCCGUGGAAGGUGUGCUGGUGCUACAUGUCCUCUGGUGGCUUCUUCAUGGUCUUCCUCAUGGUGUCCUCCAAGCUCCUCAAGCACUCGGUCAUCGUCGCCAUCGACUACUGGUUGGCCAUCUGGACCUCCAAGUCCAAUCAGAGCGUAGUGGAAGGACCCAACGGAACGUGCCAGUUUCAGGUUCUCAGCCGCAACGCCACGUUCCCCGGCUCCUCGGACUCUGAGGAUCCCAUCUACCUGACCGUCUUCAUAGUCCUGUGUGCGGCCGGGAUCACCUUGUGCCUCAUCACCUCCCUCACUGUGGAGUUCCUGGGUCUGUCAGCGGCCACCAACCUUCACGACAACCUGCUCAACAAGAUCAUCCACGCUCCUCUCAGGUUUUUUGAUAUCACCCCACUGGGGCAGAUCCUCAACAGGUUCUCCGCCGACACCAACAUCAUCGACCAGCACAUCCCCCCGACGCUGGAGUCCUUGACCCGGUCCACCUUGCUGUGUUUGUCUGCCAUCGGGGUCAUUUCCAGCAUCACACGAUACUUCCUCAUCGCCCUGGUUCCCCUGGCGGUUGCCUUCUACUUCAUUCAGAAGUACUUCCGGGUGGCUUCCAAAGACCUGCAGGACCUGGACGACUCCACCCAGCUUCCUCUGCUCUGUCACUUCUCCGAGACCGCUGAAGGUCUCACCACCAUCAGAGCCUUUAGACACGAGGCUCGUUUCAAGCAACGCAUGCUGGAGCUGACCGACACCAACAACACCGCCUACUUGUUUCUUUCUGCUGCCAACCGCUGGCUGGAGGUCCGCACGGACUACCUGGGAGCUGUGAUCGUGCUGGCGGCGGCCGGGGCGUCCAUCUGGGGUUCCCGAUGUGGUCAACCUUCUGGGGGUCUGGUGGGCCUCGCUCUUACCUACGCCCUGACUGUUACUAACUACCUGAACUGGGUGGUGAGGAACCUGGCAGACUUGGAGGUCCAGAUGGCGGCUGUGAAGAAGGUCAACAGCUUCCUGGGUACUGAGUCUGAGAACUACGAGGGAUCCAUGGACUCCUCUCAAGUCCCGGAGAACUGGCCCCACGAUGGCGAGAUCAAGAUCCAGGACCUGUGCGUGCGCUACGACCCCAUGCUGAAGCCCGUGCUCAAACACGUCAACGCCUACGUCCAGCCGGGCCAGAAGGUGGGAAUCUGCGGCCGCACGGGCAGCGGCAAGUCCUCUCUGUCCUUGGCCUUCUUCAACAUGGUGGACAUUUUUGAAGGGAAGAUCGUCAUCGACGGGAUCGACAUCUGCAAACUUCCUCUGCAGACACUCCGGUCUCGCCUGUCCAUCAUCCUGCAGGACCCCGUCUUGUUUAGCGGCUCCAUUAGGUUUAAUCUGGAUCCAGAGCAGACGUGUAAUGAUGAGCGCCUGUGGGAGGCGCUAGAGAUCGCUCAGCUGAAGAACAUGGUGAAGGCACUGCCAGGAGGACUUGAUGCGGUAGUGACGGAGGGCGGAGAGAACUUCAGCGUGGGUCAGAGGCAGCUCUUCUGUUUGGCUCGAGCGUUUGUCCGCAAGAGCAGCAUCCUCAUCAUGGACGAGGCCACCGCCUCCAUCGACAUGGCAACGGAGAACAUCUUACAAAAAGUGGUGAUGACGGCGUUUGCAGACCGCACUGUGGUCACCAUCGCUCACCGGGUCCACACCAUCCUCACAGCGGACCUGGUCAUCGUCAUGAAGCGGGGCAACAUUCUGGAGUACGACAAGCCCGAGACCCUCCUGGAGCAGGAGGACGGGAUGUUUGCGUCCUUUGUCAAGGCCGACAUGUAGACUGGUUGGAGCUGAUCAUGAACCGGGUCGGCGGAUGAAAUCCUCCACCUGUGUCAGCAGAAACAUGGAGAACGGGUCCAGAACCAGAAUCCGCAGCACCCAGCCAUGAUUUUGUUUUAUUCCUAGUUUCACUUUGACAGUAUCUUUUUUUUUUUUACCUUGAGCAGCACAUGUUUGAUUAUUCAGCACUUGUACGAUGAUGCAAUACUUGUACGAUGAUGCAAUACUUGUACGAUGAUGCAAGACCAACUUGCAUUAAAGUCUUUUAUAAUCUUUCA